UGCCCAGCCCGGGGCUGUCAUCCAGCACGCUGCAUGGACUGAAAAUGGUCUAUGGCGAAGGACUGUCGAGCCGAAGUGAAGAUCCCCGAAUCACUCAAGUUUCACCCAGUAAUGGUUCAUGGGAUGAAGAUAUUGUAUCUAACUAUACCCACAUAGGAACUCUUCCAUGGUGCGACAGCUGGCGCGAACCACAGCAUAUUCUCUUCCAGUUGGCAAACGCGUUCUUUGUCAUAUCAUAUGCUGCACCAAACAACUCCCAGGGCAUUCUUUUCAUGCACGCAUCGCUCAUUAUAGGAUUCAUGCUAUUCUCAUUUUGGGCUUGGAAUAUUAUAUGUGCUCCAGAUGUGUUUUCGUGGAAUUUUACUUUUAUGUUCCUCAACAUGGGACAAUUGGUUUACAUAAUUUACCAAAUGAGACCAGUAAAAUUUGAUCCAGAACUGGAGGAAGCCUACCAGACCCUUUUUUAUCCUUUUAAGGUUUCCCGCCUCCAGUUCAAGAGGAUGGUGAGCCCUGAGUUUGCACAGAUUAUGUCUCUUCAUGCCGGGGAGGCCUAUGCCAUGCAGGAUGUAACAAGUACUGACCGCUUAGGGCUGCUUCUGUCUGGAAAAGUAAAUGUGAUGUCUGACCAUCAGUUUUUGCACCCAAUCAUUCCAUGUGAGUUUUUAGAUUCACCAGAAUUUGAAUCGAGUCGAGCUACUACUGAAGAUAAAUUCAAGGUCUCUAUAAUAGCGGCAACUUCUUGUCGCUAUCUGUCAUGGCAGCGAUCUUCUUUGGAAUAUAUGUUUGUGAAAGAGACAUACAUAGCAACAGUUCUUACAACACUUAUUGCCAGAGACAUCACAAUUAAAUUGUACGCAAUGAACAAAAAGAUAAUCACAGAGAACGGAUCUCACCUGGAUAUCCGUCUGCCGAGCAUCACAUCGUCUCUCGCGACGGCACCGGGUGACCACAAGAGCACGCCACGCGCCUUGCGCCAAAGCAUGGUGGUGCCCGACCCCUCUUCUCCGGACUCAGAUUGGUGAUUGCAGUGAAGUCGGGUGUGUGGCUUUAAAAAUGUACAGUGUUCGGAAUCAUUGGCAGUCAUUACAUCUUUACCAACAGAAGUUCAAGCUAAAUAAUGUUGUGUAAAAAUAAGAUCUCUAUAAAAUUGGAACAACCUUGCUAUGUAGUAGGCCUAUAUGAUUCAAUGUCAAAAACUGUAAUAAUUGUACUAUUUAAUUGUAAAUAUUUUCUA